ACUUAACUAUGACCACUUAACUAUGAAUCCGGGCCAGUGGCCUGCACUGAGCUUGGCCUGACCUUACUCAUCGUUGCCGAUUCUUGCCAACAUGGACACCGUAGUAGUCCUUGCAACUUGGAUUGUGGUUGCAGCGACAUUCAUGGCGCUACUCUUGUCACAGCAAGAAAGCGUCGCGUUAUGGGUGACCCAAUUGAGCGGAGCGGAGGUGCAGAGGACAGCAGUUACAUGCAUGUUUGCGACGCUUGCCGGGUGGUUCCUGUCGAGUCUUAAAUAUGAGCGAAAGAAUGCGGCAAAUAGCACUCGUAUAUCUGCUUCAACGGAACCCAUGGCGACGGUGCAUUCCACAUCACCAGCAGAGGCUUCUCCCAACAGGAUCGAGCAAGGAGCGGAGCUAACGGAGCUCCUCCGAGCUGUCGGAAAUCGCUUGGAGCCAUCAGCGUUUUCUCGCCGCACGCCCUACUCAGAGACGGCCGAUGCCUCUGGUUCCAUGCUGCUGCUGGUGCUGUCAAGCGCGCCCGGGCCCGCUGCCUAUAGCGCGUCAUAUAUCCUGCCCUCUGACAGGUUUGAAGUCGUCGUCUUACAUUCUCUCGAUCACUGUUUGCAGUAUCUGGAGGAAGUGCCUUACGUGCCGGAUUGCAUGGCAGUUGAGCAGGACGACUUGGCUGGCGGAGCAGAACAGGCACUCCAGGCCAUUGCCGCCGUCCGCAGACGCCUGGGCCCAGCCGACCUUCCCAUCCUACGUGUCAUGCGCAGCGGAGUUGGCGGCGCAGCGGCUGACUUUUCCCAGCAGUGCUGGCAGCAGCAGCAGCAGCAGCAGGGAGGGCUGCAGGGAGGGCAACGGGCCGCAUCCUCCUCCUUCCCUCCCGCGCCCGCCUGCUGCGCCUCCUCCUCCCCCAGCAUGUGGGACCCGGCUGGUGACACGCUGCUGCUGCUGGCGCAAGUUCACCCGGCGCAGCUGGAGGCGAUCGUGACUGCUCGGGUGAAGCUACGGCGGCAGCACCAGCAGAGAGCCGCAGCACACGCCACACUCUCCCUGCUGCGGCACCUGCUGCCGCCGCCGGCUUUCACGGACCUAGUGACCCAUGGGUCGCCCUGGGCGGCUCGCGCCCAUGCAAACGUGUCAGUUAUCAGCGCUGUUAUAACGCUGGAACUGCUGUUGCCUCGCAAUAGAUCCACAAUGUAUACUGUUGCCGAUUCUACUGCUGCUGGCAGCGUAAAUGUUAAAGGUUGCAGUACACCUCUAGCAGCGGACUGUACGGCAAGUACGGCAGCUAAUCAGGAUGAUGCCGUACAACUUCACGCGACACCGGCGAUGGCGGUCAUGCAUGAGGUGUGCGCUGCGUUUGACCAGCUGUGCGAGGUGCACGGCAUUACUAAGGUUGGGCUACUCGGUGACACCUACCUGGCUGCGGGCGGGCUGGACGGGGCAGCGGACCACCCGCAGCGGGUCAUGCGGGCGGCAGCUGGCAUGCUGGCGGUCGUGGAGGGGCUGCAAGCCAAGCACCAGGGACAGCAUGGACAGCAUGGACAGCAGGGGCAGGAACAGGGGCAGGGCCAAGGGCUGCCGGAGCAGCAGCAGCAGCGGCGUGGGAGGGAGGCGGCUUUGUUGGGUGGCCCCCGCAUGGAGGUGCAGAUUGGGGUGCAUGCAGGACCCUGCGUGGCUGGAGUGGUGGGUCGCACCAAGCCGGUCUACACGCUCGUGGUGCGAGGGAGAUGCUGUUUCGGGAGCAAACGAACUCCGGCGCACGUGCUACCCCAUGUGCAUCCACGUCAGCGCUGCCGUACAUGACAUGCUUGUUGUACGACAACCUACAACGGUGACAACAGAAGCAGCCGCGACAGGAGCCUCUGAUGCUGCAGCAGCAUCGGCGACAGCGACGGAGUCUAAGGGUGGUGAUCACAUCAGCGGUGGGGGCGGCAACGGCAGUGGCAGCGGCAAAAAUGGCGGCGGGAAGUUUGCUUUCAUAGCGGCGGUGCCGCCUGCAGUGUCGCCUCCGCUGGCACAGUCGGAGGCCUCUGGCGCAUGCAGCCGCAUGCACAGGACAUACUUUGCAAAGUUGGGGAGCUGGCGCGCAGCCCUGGCGUCACAACCUCAGCCCCUAUCCGCUACAACAGUAUCUGCAGCUGUAACUGCAACAGCAGCAGAUGCAGCAGCACCCAUACCCACAUCUGCUGCUGCUGCUGGUGAUGAUGCCGGUUCCAAGCGUCCGUUCCGCCCACCACCGCCGCACCCGCACCACCUACACCCACUCCAGUCGCAGCACCACCACCUCCUCCCCGCCCGUUGGAGCAGCUCCGGGGCGCUCCCGCACCGCCACCACCACCACCUCGCAACCUCCAAAUCACAGGCCGCACAUGGCCCGGAAGCGCCGCCUACAGGCGGUGUCAGCAGAACGGGGGUUGCAAGCCCUGCUGGGGUGAGCGCGGCCCCCGGCGGCCCCAGGGGAGGGUCAUUGCCGUACAGUAGUAACAACGCAGGGCCCUGCUGGCCUCAUCAGCACAGGCCGUUGCUGCGGAGGUCGACAUGCUCUCGGCGGUCGUUGCUGGCGGCGGCGACGACGACGGCGGCGGCGAUGGCGGGGGCAGCGCAGGAGGCCGCCGCUGCUGCUGCUGCGGGUGGCGGCGCCAGCGGCUUUCGCCGGGCGUCAGCGCCUGCUCCUGGCGCGGCAGACUAUUCCUACUCCCGGCUGUCCACAAGCGCCGUCUCGAGCAGUGGCAGCACAGAGGUUGAGCCACCACCACCACCACCACCUCCGACAUGCGAGCAUCCCUCCGGCACCCCGCUUCUCGGCAUGUCGCAGCAGCUGCAGCACCUGCGCCCUGCAGCGACUGCCUCAUACCGCUCCUUGCCCGCUCGAAACCUCUCAAACCUCAGCAGUACGACAUCCCUGGCAGGACCAUCUUCUGCAGCAUCUGCCGCCUCAGCUCCUGGCGGCAGCAGACAGCAGCAGUCGCAGCUGCAGCAGGCACCGUGGAUGACCCAUGGGUCAAGCGUGGGGCUGUACGGUGCAGGCACGACUGGAAGCAAAAGCGUCAGCACCUCCCAGGCGCAAUCCAGCGAGUCAUCGUCCGCGCCGUACCAUUAUACUGCUACGGGCGUCGCAGCAGAUUCGUACGGCAGCCCCGCGGGUCGUACACAAUUGCCGUACACAUCAGCUUCCCAGUGGCUUGCAGCAACCCCGGCGACCGCUGCCACCCCUGCUGCGGUUCCUUCUCCUGAAUCUGCUGGGCGCAUGCUCGCUCCGGAACCUGUGGCACCUGGGACCAUGCAGCAGCCCCUUCACCCUCGCCCUUUUCAGCAGCAGCAACAACAACAAGAGCAGCAACAGCAGCACAAAUCACAACACCACCAGCAGCAGCAGCAGCAACUGCCCAGGCCCGCGCCGUCACCAACGCCGCAAGUGCAACGCAAAGAGCACGAGGAGCACCGGCCCGUACCCUUCCUAGUCUCCCGACAACACCAACUUCAACAGCAACACCAACAGCACCAACAACACCACAUGGCGCACGGAGGUGCCGACCACAUGCCGCCGCCCGGCGGUGGCACCUCCGCCAGCCCCCCCGGCCUUCGCCCUGUAGACGAGGACUUGGUGGGCCCGUACGGCAUCAGCGGCAUCAGCGGCAUCAGCGGCUCGCUGGGGGGCUUCUCCGCCGCGCUCACCCAGCUCUCAAACAGCGCACCGGUCGGCGAGUCGCCGGCUGUCAGGGCGGGCCGUGCGUUUGCGGACAUGGCUGCUACUGCCGCUGCUGCUGCGGUGACAGCGAUGGCGGCGGCCCAGCCGCUACCGCCUGCGCCGAAAGACGAAGGCAAUGAGCGGCGGCAGCGGCCGCCGAAAGACUCGGUUGAUGGCAUCACCGGUGUGGUAGCAUGCAGGCUCCAGGCAGCUCCGACGGUCACCCAUACUGCUGCUCCUGCGGUGGCGGCAGCAGCAGCGGGGCCUUUUGCCAGCUUGCCGCCGCCGGAGGGUGUUUUCAUCGCGUGGGGAAGCUCCGUGGGCACGCACACAGGCGUGUCGUACAUGCUAGGUACGACAAGUACGGCGACGGAUCCCGUUUCCGUGCACGGAAGCGCGGGUGGCGGAGGCCGCCGACAACACGGCGGGGGCUCGAAUGUCGUACCCGAGCACGCGGUGCAUGGGUUGUCACAACUGGAGUUGAUAUGGUUACUUGCAUCGACGUCGGCGGGUUUGAGCAAUGGCGGAGGUACCGGUACCGGUACCGGCAUGGGCACGGGCAUGGGCACCGGCGCGGGUUACAGCGGCACCGGGGGUCAAGGCAGUGCCCGGGAUUGGACGUACCUCGCGAGCGAGGGGUUUCAGAGCCAAGGUCAGCCAGCGGAAUCCAUGCGCGCAACUGCAGCUCCGGCUGUCGCAACCGAGACACCCCCCAAGAGGCUGCCCUUGUUGGUGGGUGAGGAGGAGGAGGAUGGGGAGCAGUGUCCGUUUGCUGCAGAUGGAAACGGAGGAGGUGCCUGGAAAGACGGCGGCGGCGACCAGGGUGUUGGUGAGGGUGAGGGUGAGGAAAGCAUUACAGCAGCAGUGGAUGCUUCUGUUGAGGCACUACCCACUCGUGUCGGCUCUCAUAGCGGCUUCUACUCAGUAGCAACAAGCAGUCAUGCAGAAGGAAGAGGCGGAGGAGAUGGAGGAGGAGAACGAGGCAGUGACGCAAACGGUGUGGUAGGGGGAGAGACGGCCGCCGCCGCUGUGUUCGCAUCCGCUUUCGGCAGUCGAUUACAACACCAAUACCAACAACAUCAGCAGCUGCCGGCGCCGAGGAUACGGCCACCCUCGUGGACUCACACACCCCCACCACCAGCACCUCCCAGACCGCAAUCCUCACCCUCACCCUCACCCUUGCAAGCGGUGGCGCAAUCACCGCUGCUCAUUGCCAGUACGGAAACGUCAGCGGCAGCAGCGCCAGCAGCAGCAGCAGCAGCGGCGGCGGCGGUGGCAGCAGCACCCGGGAUCAUCCCACCGGACAGACCGCAUGCGCCCCAACAGCAGCAGCCGGCGGCAGCGGCGCCGCAUUCGGCUGACCUGGUUUCGGUGGUGUCGUUUGACAACGCCGCCGGUGCAGCGAUGGGGCUCACCUCGGGAGCAGUGCUGGUCAACGGGGCAUCGAUGAGCGCGGCUGAGCUGGCGGUGUUGCUGCAGGCCGCCGGGCGCAGUGUGGGCGGCAACAACAGCUCCUCCAUCACCUUUCCGCACCUCCAGGAGCUGGUGUCCGCUACACUGCGGGAUGCAGCGCCGGGCAGCAAGCCGCAGGUGGGCAGUUUUUCCGCCGGCAACCUGGCGACCUACCUGCAGCUCAUAACCAGCUCAGCAGGCAGGAGCGCAGCGGACUCCAGCAACGAGGGGUCCGACAGCGAGGCCGCCGCUGCUGCUGCCAGCUGCAGCCGGGCAGGCGCAGGCGGCACGGGUGCUGCUGCCGUUGCUGUGGGUAGCGGCGGCGGCGGCGGCGGCGGCGGAGGAAGUGCGUUGGGAGGCGGCCGGAGGCGAUCGGCUGACAUGCAACGGGCGCUUGCGACGGCGGCAGCUGUGCGAGCGGCUGCCGCUUCGUUACCCCAGCACAUGAGAGGUCAGGCGCUGGUGCAACAGCAGCAGCAGCAACAACAGCAACAGCCGUCGCAAGGUUUGCCGGUGGCAGCCAUGGAAGGUGGGAGGGCUGAAGGCGCCUCGGCGGCUGCUGCGGCUGCGAGCGUCGCUACCCCACUAGAGGUGCCGCUAGGGGUUGCCGCUGGCGGGUUUGAGGGCAGCAGCAGCAGUGCCAGCGGCGGUGUAAUGGAGAGGGGAGUUCUUGUCAUUGACGAGGCGUUGGCGCCGUGGGUGUCGGGAACGGGCGGCAGCAGCGGCGAUGGUGGCACCGGGGGGCCAAGUCGCGACGGGCGGCUGUCCUCCUACCUGAUUCCGCAGUCUGCGGGCACAAGAGUCCGACCGGCAGCGGGCCAUAAGGGGCUACUCAGCUCGCUUUCCACAGUACCGGACCUACCCACCCCUCCCAGCAGCUCCCUUCUCACCAGUCGCAGUCGGGACGACUCCCGCAACCCCCUCACCUCACAGCUCCUGCCCUCCAGCCAGGCUCUAGCCGUCGCACCCACCACCUCCCAAACCCUAGCCGGCCUGUACGGCAUGCAACUUCCGGCCCUGCUGCCGAGCGCCAGCCCCAGACACUCCAUGGAUGUGUGCCAUUCCGUACCCGCUCUGGCGGUUGCUGGCGGCGUCGCCGUCCUGAGCAACCAAUUCGCCUCCGACGGACCCAUGGGUCGCGAUGACGUGACCCAAAACCACUACCACCACCAACAGCAGCAGCACCAAUCGCAACCACAACCGCAUCAAAUGCAGGAUUGCUUCUACCACAACCACGGUCCCUUUGCGCGCAUCUCAGCACCCAAAGCUGAUGCCGGUAAUGUCGGUCGAAUGAUGGUAGCUCUGGGCCCGCAAGCAGCCGUAACGUCAACGACAGACGGGGGGUCAGACACGCAGCCCUCCAGCGGCGGCGGAGCUCCUGAAGCAUCGGCAUGCGUGGGAGGCGCCGCCGCCGCUGCCGCCUCAUCUACAGUAGCAGCAACAACAACGAUAACAGCAACGGCGGCUGCGGCGGUGGGUACAGUGACGGGUGCGUUGGCCACUGCGCCAUCAACAGUGGCCGCCGCAGCGGUGGCGCUGGCCGCGGCAGUGAAUGCGGGGCCAGCAGAGGCAGUGGAGAAGGAUUCAACCUCGGCGGCUCCUGCAAGCCGCCAUGAGGGUUCGUUCUCGACACAAUUUCGGCCGAGCUCAAGUUAUCGGCGCCCUGUUACCACGGUUACAUUAGGUGCUGCUGGGGCUUUCCUUCCCGGCGACGUGCGUUCUUCUCUGUCAGGGCGAGCGCUGGCUGUCGGCCCGGCCGACUACGGUGUCCCAACAGGCGAGGGCGGAGGUGCUGCUGCUGCGCAUGAGGCCAUUGCUGCACGCGCUACCGAUGCACCUGCAUCUCCCGCUCCUGCUGCACCUGCACCUGCAGCUACUGGUGGUGCUGCUGCUGCAGCCAGCGGCAUUACUACAGGCGCAUGGUUGCAAGGCCGUGAGUCUCUGUCAGGAGUGGACGCUACCUCUCCAGAAGGCACUGAUGCCGGCUGCAGCCUGCUGCGUACCACGGGCUCCUCCAUAGCAGCCGUGGCGACCCAACCCUCGCAGCAGCAGCUCCUCAUGGCUUCCCACCCGUCCCUGCAUGGCAUGACACCCAGCGGAGGAGCCACGGGAGGAGGAGCGGGCAGCCACGGGAACACCCCCAUGGUUGCGGGGGAGCCCUGCUCGCGGCCUGGUAGCUCCGAAACCGGGUUGGCUCCAGCGAUGUUGAUGUGGGUGGGCAGGGCUGCAGCUGCGGCGGGGAGCACUGGGGACGGGAGUGCGGGGAGCUCAAUGGGCAGUACGGCUACAAGUGCGGGGGGAGGGAGCAGUCGUCGCUCCGGAGCUGGUUUUGCUGCUGCGUUCUUUCGACGCCGCCGGUCGCAACAGCAGUCACAGCAGCAACAGCAGCAACAACAAUCGCAGCAACAGCACCAACGGGGUGCCACUGCCGGCCCGCAGCUACCCGCACUAACCCAUAUGCAAGGCGAAGACAUGGGCAGACAAGGAUCUGAAGCAGAGAAAGCAGGAGCAGCAGUCACAGCGGCUGACGGAACGACCCAUGGGUCCAAAACGAUUCCGGAUGUCCCCAAGGGCUGGCAGCGGCUGCUGUCUAGUCCGAGGGCUCGGCCAAAGGCUUCAGCGUCGUUCAAGGUCCAGAAUGGAGAAGGCGACAGUGGCGGUGGCGGCGGUGGCGGGGAUGGAAGUGGGAGCGGCGGCGGCUUAGGUAGCAUCUUGCGUGCCUUGUCGUUAGGGAAGCGACGAGGCCGGCUUAGCUCGAAGAGCCUCAAGCUGUGAACAGCAGCUGAUGACGUGUGGCGUGGUGGAGUGAUUUUCACAUUCCCCAUGACUUCCACAUGCAAGGAUGGACGAACAUGUUUUCGGGUGCGCGUGAAGGUACCGAAAUGGCGAACAACCUCCUCUAACGCAGUAAUGGGACAGCGCCAGGCCCAUACCGGCAUUGGCAACCUGCUGCAGCCGCCGGCCUGCUGCCGUACCGUUGUGAGUGAGUGCCCCCCGGAACCCGGAUUGAAGUCGUACACCCUGCUGCUGUACUUCGUGUUACAUUGACGGGGGGUAUUGGGGGUGUGAGGUCGUGCAUGGGCUGUUCACCGGACCAUUCAGUGUUGAGGCAACACAACGCCAUUGUGGCAGUUUGUGACAUCUUCAUGUGUGAUUGGGGCAGUGUGGUUUUAUGCUGCACCGGUGCAUCCCAUCUGGACGAAAACUUACGAACUAAGAACUGCUGCUCAUGUCCUUAUGCGGUGCGGGAUUUGGAAAUCUUGUCUACAGCUCCCAUGCUUACGGAUUCUUUCCCCGGGGGCGGCGUGUCAAGCACGGGCUGCCGCACUGUACAGGCACCGCUGUACACAAACUGCAGGCUGUGCAUCGUUGGAUUCAUGUGCCCGUCGCAAAUUCUGCACUGGAACCUGCUGGAACCAGCUGAAACUGCCAUUAACCCACAAUGCUUUUCGUUUCGCAAUGUGUCGUUGGGUGACUUCGAUCGACACGACUAGCUCAGGGGAGGUGGGGGUGGGCAUUUGGGUACCGGUAUGUUGGAGGAAUGUUGCGGAGGCGCUUCUUGUCGUGUCAGUACGUCAUGUAGUGGCAGAUCAGGAAGCAUGGUGCGGUUUCCUGCUUGAUUAAAUGUUCUUCUUUUUGCUGCGCCAUUGCGAGUUUGACCAAGGAGGUCUCUGAUGUGGGUUUGCCGAAUUGUGUUUCGACAUUCGGCAUGCAAAUUGUUGGGGGCACGCAGUUAAGAGGCAUGAGCUGUAUGCCCCCUAUGGCCAGUCCUGGUUUCUGAUAAUGCCUGUGGCUAAUGACUUGCAAUGGGUAGGGGCGUAAGACCGCCCGCUACCCCGGGUUAGACAGACGUUAGGAGCACUCUGCGGCCGCUGAUAACGCAGCUUGAACCCGCCGGGCACUGAAGUGGACUGUAUGUGUUGGACCAGUGCUUCAGUGUUUUACUACUAGUUAUUGACGGCCCCGGGACUCCCAGGAACCCCUUCCCAUACGGCACCC